AUGGUUUUACUAUUUCCUUGACGAUAAUAAACAAUAUGGCGGAUAAUCCUGACAAAAUCUUGCCAACAGAGGACAUUUCGAGUUCAAAUACGGACAUUGCUUUCCCUGAUAUGAGUUCAGCCGACGAUAUUGUUAGCAGGGCUCGAGAAGAAAUCGAGAAAACAAUGGAGAAGGCAAUGGCGAACCAACAGGGGGGACAAGAGUUUGAAGAAGUAAUCGAAUAUGUUGAACCUAUACAGGAUCCGUAUGGAAAAGCCAUCAAAUAUCUUGAGCAACACGACAUUUUACAACUUUUCCAGGCUUUAACUGCAAAUAUAGUUUACUUUAAACCAGAGGACCCCCUUAGUUACAUGAUGAAAGAAAUUGAAGUCAUAAAAAAGGAAAAAGCAGCUGCAAAAACUGCAGAAAAGAAGUGAAACUUGUACAGCAAAUAUUUGGUUUUAUAUAUCUGGGAGGAUUGAGUGAGUCUGUACAUAAAGUGUCCUGUAUUUAAGAUGAAAAAGGAAUCAAAAUUUACAUCAUAUAUUUUUUGUCAUGAAGCCAUGUAAUAUGUGCAAUUACAUUCAAAACAUUGUGUACAAUCACCGAUAUACAACAAUAAUAAUGUUGAUAUUCCAUGAACAUUACAUGUACUUUGUUGUAAUUGCUUGCCACUUCACAGAUCUUGCAUUUACAAAUGCUACAGUUUAGUUGUACAGUUUUCAAAAUCCCUAUUUCAGGACUUUUUUGAGGUUCUACAUAUAAACCUUUCACUAAUUAUGUUUUUGUAAUGAAUUUUGAGAUUAUGAUCGUCAAAUUGUAAUGGCAUUCUUAUUAUCCAGUAUUAAGAUGUAAAAUAUAGAAAUCUACUUAUACACAUUAAUAUAUAUUUGUGGUUAUAUUAAGUGCCAAACUUGUUUUGUAGACUUAGAAAUUACUUAUUUAAUAUCUGUUACAGCAUUUCCUUGAGAAUAAUAAAAUAAAUAAAUUAUAAAAUAAUUAUAAAAUAAUUACAAUGGAAUUGUUCUAAGAGUUAAAAUGAUUGAUUUAGCCAAUGAUUG